AUGAUAUAUUUACAAAUACACGGAUUAAUGAACUGGAUUCCACUAAAAAAACAAAUUAACAAUAUAAAAUGGAGUAAUGUAUUGGAAAAUAUAGCAGUAAAUGGAAAUAGUAUAAGAUUUAGUCACACACAUCUAGCACACGUAAACAACAACGUAAAAAUAGUAAAUUCAAUGGAUUCAUCAAAUACUUUGGUCAAUUACCAAAGGAACAUAGAAGAGAUAAGAUGUAUGGAAACGAAUAGUCUGACGAAGGCAAUGAUGCAAUCGAGUAAAUCAGGAUAUAACAAAAAGAAAGUCUGGGAAAAGUACAUAUCAAGGUCACUGGAGCUUCGAGAUAAAUUCAGCAUAAAGAACAUGGCAAUAGUAAUGCUGUCGGCAGCGAAGUCGCAAGUGAAGGAGAGGAGCUUCUAUGAGAAAAUGAGCGAUAGAAUAGUGACCAAGGGGGAGAAUUACAUAAGCACGUACAAGAUUGACCCGAAAAGAUUUUUCACAGAGUUCUCCAGGACGGAAUUCACAGCGUUUAACAUCUACACAAUGCUAUCGGCGUGCCUAACAGCUAGCCACAAAGACGAAAAACUGUUUAAAGUGCUGUACAAAGUCUCAGAAAUAAAGCUGCUGUACUUCAACCUCUAUUUAGACAAGGCGUUGGAGGCCGGAACUGAUGAGAGCAGCUCAUAUAUAGUCAGGGAAAGCGGAAGAGACGACCGAUUUACAUUCGAGGAUGUGGCAGGAAUCCUGCACGCAUACGCAGCAUCGAACGUGGUAAUACCCUCCAUGGUACUGAAGUAUUCGGAGCUUUUCAGAAAGAUGUACAGGAUAGCUAAUAAAGAAGAAGAAAGGAAAGCAGUGGAGAUGGGAGAAGUGACCCCUAAAGCGUUGGCAAUCGCAAUAAACUCGCUAGUGAAGCUGGGAGAUAGGAGCGAGGAACUGUAUAAAAUAGGGAAGGAAUACUUACUGAGGACCUUGGAAGAAUUGAGCCUGAAGGACAUGAUAAUGAUAUUUAGUUCAGUAGUAAAGCUAGGAGAGCCAAAGGAAAGCAAAGAGGAAGUAGAAAAGCUGCUAACCCUGGCCAGUAGAAUAAUGGACAGAUCAUCAGGAGUAAAGAUCGAUGCAGAGUCAAUGGUAAAUUUGUCAUCAACAUUCGUAACUCUGGCGAAGAGGAAGGAGUUGGAGUCAGAGGAAGGGGAGAGGUUGAAGAGUAGAUUCAACAGAGUGUUUACAGAAGCAAGCUGUCGUCUGGCAGCAGAGGAAGAAGUGGAAAAUAAAGUGUUAAUACAACUGAUUAACAAUUCAGCACUGCUGAAAGCGACGGGAGCAUCGAUGGCGCUGAUGUCGAACGAUAAUUUGAAGAAAGUAGGUCUGACGGAGUCGAUAAGUGAUGUGUCACAAUAUGUGACAAGCUUAGCACAAAUUUACACUAACACAAGUUCUAAAGGACUUAAAGAAUUGAUAAAUGAGCAGAUAACAAUGGCAGUGAGGCAGUGCGGAAAGAGAUUGAACUAUGUGCUGCACCCGGAUACAAUGAAGCUGGCGAAAACGAGAGCAAGACCAUCGAGCCUGUACAGCAUACUGAAGUUGGAGGCGAAAGGAGUGUUGGAAGCGAAGACGGAUGGAAUGAACGAGGAUUGGAUGAGGCUGACGAAGGAAAUGGAAGAAUUUAGACCAGAAAUGGUAGGAAUAGUAGGAAUAAUGAUGAGCGCAAUAGGAAAAUUGAAGCAAAAUAGGGAAUUUGUGAAGUUUAUAUCACUGUCGAAGGAGUACAUAGCGAAGUACAUUAAGUACCAUUGGGAAGAAAACGAAGACAAGGCACUGCAGAUGGAAGCAACAGCAGCAAUAAUAAAUGGGCUGUCGAAGAAUAGAAUAAAGGAUGAAGAGAUGAUGAAGCACUUAUCAAUAAAAAUUAAGAAGGAGGUGGAUAGGAAGAUGAAAAUGGGAAAUUAUGAAGACAUAAGUCACGUGGCGCUGUUUAGCAUAAUAAACAGCUACGCAAAACUAGGAUUACCACAAAAUAAGUUUAGCGUCAGGAAUGGAAAAGGGAGUAGAGGAAGGAGAGGAAGAGGUGAUGAACACAAGGAGCUGUUUAAGUCGAUAUCGAAAGUACUAGCAGAAUCUGAUUACGAAAGGGUGAACCUGCAAAUGGCAGUGAACAGCAUGUAUAGCCUGGGCCUGGUGGGAUACGAUAAGUUCGGAAGAGGCACAGUGCUGAGACUUUUGAACAAGUUCAUGAAAGAGUACACAAAUGAAAAGGUAAAAACCAGGAAAGAAGAAUCUGCUAAGAAGAGAGAAGGAAAGCACAUAUCGGAAUGUGUAAAUCAGAUAUCAGAAUUCGGUGAGGGCCAGGUUAGGGGAGGGAGGGAGCUGGAUUCACAGGCGAAGAUAGCAGCGAUGGCGUUAAAGCUGGCAGUGGAAGGGAGCUGCCUUAAGGGCAGACUAUUCGAAAAGUGCGUGAGAAGGGUGGAGAAGGUGGUAUUCAAUCGCAACAGCAUUUACAACAGCAGCAGCAGCAACAACAACAACAACAACAAACAGGUGUGUGAACUGAAAGAGGUAGAAGAAAGGAGUAAGAAAAACAAAAAUGUAACGAUGACAAAUAAGAUGUCAGGUAAGUAA